AACGUUUAGCAUAACAUGCAUUCGACUUGUUCAACUACUUACCUCCCUUGACAUUUGCAACCUUAUUCAGUCGUUAGGAUUGAUGUCUUUUUUAAACAUCUUCCCAAAAUAACUGGUUUAACCCCGUCAACUGGUAGACAAUGUCAACUUCACGCUCGGAAUCUCAAGCACCGCAGUUUGGCGGAAGACAUAGGUCAAAUACUGCUCAAAGUGUCUUGAAAGGACCCCCUGUUGUUCCACUGCGCUUUGGAGACAGCAAGUUACUGGUCGCAUGGGUCCAUGACCCAAAGGAGUCGCCUACGAUUACCUUAAACCAAACGUGGUGGCCCGGGGUUGCUGAAGGAGAUUUGCUUCACCUUUCGUCACAACAGCAAGAUGAGGAACCCUCCCGUGGUCUUCUUCAUCUUGUACCCAAGGAUGAAGGCAAUGUGAAGCAUCAAUUACAGAUAUCCAUACCUAGGCCAAUAGCUGAGAAAUUUGGCUUGAAGACCUCGAGUGAGAUAGUCUUAACGAAGGUGAAUCCCGUUGACUGGGCUGCUGAUCACAUCGAGCUCGUAUUCCAAGAUCAGUACCUUGGUCGUAAUGAGAUGUGGCGACUUGAGCGCCACUUGGUCGGCCAAUGCGUCUACGUAGAUCAGGAGAUUUCAUUCAUAGGAGUCAUUGCUGCAAAGGUGCAGGCAAUAUAUAUCAGGGGUAAGAAGGUAUCAACGGGAUGUGUAACUCCUCAGACAAAAGCAAUUUUUCGAUCGUUGUCCGCAAAAGUCACAAUCUUCAUUCAAGUUUGCCGCGAAUUAUGGAAUUUUGCUGGCGAUGGGGAACGUUACUAUGAGAAAAUUGUUCAUUCAUUCCUCCCAGCCCUAUUCACCAAGUGGCAUGAUGCUGGCACGACUCACAUAGUCACCAUCGUUCUGAUUUCUCGCGUUUAUUAUGAUGAUCAAGAAAUCACCUACGCUGCAGGACCGGUGCGCCAAGAUGAUGAAGGCAAAUGGUACAAAGAUUUCUUCAAGGUGAUCACGGACCUUGAGAUCGUAUAUGAUUGGAAGCCGACACUCGUCAGCCUGAAAGACUCUUUUUGGGAUUUUCAACGCGAUAUCCUCCUCGCGCACCAUCAUCACAGGUCACCUGGAGGCGCAUCAGACCAAGCUCGGCUGGUUGGCCGGCUUUCGAAAGCUCACAAAGGGCCGAUCCUUGAAGCUCUUAAUCUCGGUUUCAAUCCUACAGAGACACAUUACAUUGACAGAUCACUAUCACUAACAGGUUCGGCCACCAUCAUCAUUACUCCAGGCACUGGCUACUUUCGGGUUGACAAGCAACUCCUCCGCCUGACAACUACGCGGUUGCUUGAUCAAGGAUUUUCCAUAGAAUUGGUGUCUUUGACAAAGCCUCCACUUCACCAGAGUCCAGUUUUUUGCUUCCGUGGAGCCGAGCCUGAUCUUAGGCCAGAGUACAUUGGCAGGUCUGGUGCGCGGUCUCUGGAUCCGUUAUGGAGUGGCGACGAUCUAUCUACCAAGGAGAUGAACCUCUUCUGGUGGGAGCCCUUUUGGAUGUCUGUGUCGUUUUGGGACAAGCAAAUGGACCUUCCUUUCAGAGAAGACAGGUUUAUUGCUCGGGCGAGAAUGCAGGAGAUUGAAAUGAUGGGCCUGCUGGACCACGAUGUUUUAUCGAGCACUGCGCUGCCAUACCUUCCUGACUUACGAGAUCCCUCAACAGUGGCGGAUAGUCCGCGGAUUACCACCAUUUCGAAGGAGGACGCGGAUCGAUAUGACAUGGACGUUUUUGCCGUGAAGCAUGAACCGAAGAUACUCGGGGUUAGUCGUAACUCGGUCUCCUCCACAGCAAGCGGAUCGUUUCUUGGCGGGUCUGUGAGGUCUGACGACGUCCUCAGACGUUCCUUCUCCAAUAGAGCAGUGGAGACCAAGAACAUUCCGCCUAUACAGGAGAGUCCGCAUCGUCCAGUGACCGAUUUGCCUUCAGAUACCCCUCCAAUGGACUCGAAAAGGCAGUCCGCUUCGAGCACUGCCGGUGUAAGUAGUUCGCGCUUAGAAUCAUGCAUGCGCUCAGGCAAGUCAGAGAAAAUAACAAAGUCCACUAUUCAACCGGCAACGCCGGUUUCGCCUCCCUCAAGGCCAAGCACCGGUCGGGCUACAACCAGAUCUAUAUUCUCCCCCAGCUGGUUCUUUAGUCAGUUCCGAGGUUCAAGUCAAACACCGUCUCAUACCUCUCAGGCAUCUGGUUCUGUGCCAAUGAAACAGGAUCAACCAUCCUUGACAUCCGCUUCGGCGUCGCUAGGUGCGAAGUCGAUACAGACGACCGGUACUUCGACAGUCACGCAACAGACCCCUCGUUCACCAAUACCAAUGAAUAUCAAAUUCCAUUCUGUAGGCAGGUCGGGGUUGAGGCACUAUGAUGAAGACAGUUUGCAUCCUCAUAGGGCUUCCUUACCAAGACACUCCCCGUUAGGCACACCACCUCGCGAUGAACCUGCCUUUGGCAAACGACGGAGCGGAACUUUGAGUUCAGGCAUGGCUCCUCUAGUGGCCACCUCGCCGCCGAUUAUCAGGACAAAUCCUUUGAAACCAUCCAUCGUUGUGCCAUAUGUGAUUUCCUCAUUAGCCCAACGAUGGCAGCAUAUGUUCGCUCAGCCUUUGUCAAAACAUAACAUCAAAUGGAAAGCUAUGGUGACCCCGGGCUGCCUACCUCUAACUGUGGAAUACUUCCCUUCCUCAUCAGAGUUGGAGUCAUCUUACGAUGUCUUCUCAUACGAAUUUGUCGUUGACCCUCCCGAAAUGCGUUCAUUCCUGAUCCGCCCGCCUAGUGUCACUGGUAACUCAGACACCAUCCGUCGUGCAUGGGCACUAGUGGUUAUGCGCGGGAUGGUUGCUUUACGACUAGCCCAAGGGUUUCAAUUUGUCCUACGACCUUCUAACGACGUGCACAACGGCGAUAGCUUUGCACAAGUUGCUCGUCGCAGUACUAUGUACGUUUCGAUGGAUGAUGUCAAUCCCAGACCUGCUGGGGCGGCGGAGGUUCUGCAGUCUCCUGACGAUCCAGUGUAUCUGAGCAUGAGCAACGAGAUCCACCGCAUCUCGUAUAGAUCAGAUACGGUCCAAGUCAGGCGACAUGUCAGACGAAUGCCUCGGGUCAAGCCAUAUGAAUAUGAGUGCUUGAUCUGGCCCAAGUUGGGUGUUGGCUAUACUGAACUCACGACAACAUUCCAGUCACAUGGUUUGGAGAACUACGGAUGGAACAGAUUGGAUAUGCUUGUGGCUGGUUACGAGAAUCAGUUCAGCGAGUCCUUGAGAUAUUGGCGAACUCGCUUCCUUGUUAUUCCUUCGGACGAUCUUCCCAUCUCGGGUGUGAGCACCCUAGGGCCCGCAGGAGAGAGGCUCAACGACGAAGAGAUACGUUUGCUUGGCAUGGACAAGCUCGCCGAUUUGUUUUCUCGAGUUCGAUGGGUACCUCCUGAGGAUAAAGGGAAAAGUUUACCUCCAGUACGAUUCAUUCCGACCGAUUUGGAGCCCGUUUCCUCGGUCUUAGACGAGCCUCUGGUUGCCCGGUUGGAUGAGAUACACGCAUCCGGCCCCCUCAAAAAGAAGAUGAAGAGCGAAAGGGAUAUUGGUGACAUGACUCUUUCAGCGAUUGCAAAAGCUAUGCGUGAAGAGGACGGCGUCCCGAUCAAGGAUCACAAAUGGCAUAGGGCCAAUUAUCCAAAUUCUUUCACCGGGGCGGAUUUUGUCUCCUGGUUGGUGCGCGAGUUCCGAGACGUCUCAACUCGAGAGCAAGCCACAGAAUGGGGUGUGAAACUUCAAGAGCAAGGCUUGUUUGAACAUUGUCGUGGGGCGCACGGAUUUUUGGACGGACAUUAUUUCUACGUACUACGGGGUGAAUACAGCGUCGCCAUGACUCCUCGUAGCGGGGGUUGGUUCCGAUCCAAUCGACACGUCUCUGGAGAGGAGCAAAAUGUCCGUGCAGGUGGUACCUCCUCACUGUCUGGUAGAAUACCAACCUCGGGUCGUAGGGCAAAAAAGAGGCUCAUCCUCAGUCAGAGCAUGGUCAUUGAUAUUGACCCUAACAAGCGGAGCGAUCAGGCGGAGUGCAUUCUAUUGCAUCAUGAUAUUAUUCAUAACCCGGCCACUUGUUUCCAUUUCGAGUUGCAAUGGAUCGGUACAACUGCCCGUUGCAUCGAUGAUAUCCUUCGUCAAUGGAGUCGCACUAUAGAAAAGUAUGGGCUCAAAUUGGUGGAAGGCUACGUUUCAGAGAUCAGUGAUAUUCGAGAUCGCAAUCCUUUCCAAUCCUGUUGCCCUAUACCACUUGCAGUCAGCCCGCCGUCGAUCCCCGAUCUCGAGAAUCGUAUCCCGGACGGUACUCAAACUGUCAAUUACUUCGAGUCGGCCUUGUUGCGUCGCUUUGGUUUUGUGCUUGACAUUGAGGCCGGGAAUCUGUAUCCAGAGCAGAUCGACGUGAUUUACUCCUAUCGACGCGUCCCGUACACGUACUCCCAGUGGGUGCAUCGCUCUGGCGUAGCUUUCGUUCAAGUCCUCGGUGGUUCGAAGGGGUACCUAUUUCUCACCAAUAGGCUGAUGGCGGCGGGAAGGAUAAGCACAGCUCAGAAGAUACAAAGGCCAGCAGCGGCAGCAGAUGAACUUCGUUUGCAGCUGCAGAAGUUUUGCUCUGAUCCAGUCGAACUUCAAAGUUUUUACGACGAAGAGAUUGCUCACUUGGACAGCCAUCCAUUGGAGGAUCCACCGCCACUUACCCUGUAGUUGGUAGCUCGUUAUUAUGUUGUACACGCGUGCCAUUUGAGUAGGGAAGUGCUGUCUUCGUCGGCAAAGACGUGUAAUGGUCUUCGACUCAACAAAGACAAGCUCAGAAUUAUUAAGCACAGCAAAAAAUGUAUUGCAUUUUUGUCCUGUCUACCGCCAGCGAAGAAUUAAGAAAAAUGUACAUGAAGU